AUGCCGGUGCUCGACGAGGAGGGGCGUAUCUUCCAGUGGGUGUACCGUCGGUCACUUGCCACGGUGGAGACGGGCACCCGAUGGCUUUGGAGGAUCAACGCCAAGCAGCUCCGGCUCGGCAUUGAGCAGUUCGUGCGGGAGGCAGCUGAAAGCAGCGGCAGAGGGCCUUCCCCUGUCCGGCGACCACAGUCAGCCGCCACCACCGCACUCCCGCCCUUGCCUGGCCGGCCGUGCGCGCCCCUCACACGGCCUGCCGCGCGCCCCCUGCCCGGCCCGCCGCGCGUGCCCGUGCGCCGCCGCGCUCACAUCCUGCCUGGUUGCCCGCACUCCUGGCCGGCUGCGCUCACCUCCUGCCUGGUCGCCCGCGCUCCUGGCCGGCCGCGCACCCGCCUCUGCCCGGCCGCACGCCCGCCUCUGCUAGCCCGCGCCCGCUGCCAUGCUAGCCGCGCCACCGCCGCACUGCUCCGCCCGCACCUGCCGCUCUACAAGCCGCGCCACCGCCGCACUGCUCCACCCAUGACAUCCCGCACUGCUUCCCCCAUCUCCCUAGAUCGAUCUCGAGUUCGGGAGGACGGCGGCCGUGGCGGGAAUACGAGGGGGGUGUUGGAGCUCCGCCGCCGCUGCUUGCUCCAGUGCGUGCCCCGGCUUCCUCCCUACUCGCGCCCGUGCGCGGUGGCCGCUGCGCUCGCUCCCGUGCACCUUCUGUUGCUCACGUGCGCGCGCGUGUACCUCCCUGCUCGCGCCUGUGUUCGGCCGCCGCCGCCGCUGCUCGCGCAUGUGCACCUGUGCGGCACAGGCUGUUCGGCAGGGAGGUUGAAGGGCUAG